UCUGUGCCCUGGCAUGUCUGCCGCUCUGUUGUUGAGCUAGUUUGGAGUUAUUGGUUGUUUUUGUGUGAUUGUGCAGUUAUGAGAUAAAGUCUUGUGCUAAUGCUAGCUUAGCUUAGUUUAGCUUAGCUUAGCUCCGUGCUGCAGGUAUGUCCUCCGACAGCAGCGCUGCAGGAGGCAUUCAGGGACUCCUCCUCAAACUUCAUCAGUCACUUUCGGACGAAGACUCUCGAGCUGCAGCUCUGAAGUGUCAUGAUAUAGUUGGUGACUUGGCUCAGGAGUGCAUGCUCACACCCACCCACAGUGAACUCGCUUUGCAGACGUCCUUAUUGUUCUCCAAAGACUAUGGACUGCUCGUCUUCCUCAGGAAGUCCCUGGCGUCAGAUGUGUUCCGGGACAGCCGGGUGGAGAUCUUGGGUUUCUUGGAGAAGUUCUUGGACCGAGUGUCCCCGAGAGUCAGAGGAUGGGAGAGGACGUACGCCAUCGACAUCAGAGACACCUGCUUGGCUGUUUACACGAAGGAUAAAGUAGCCAAGUGCAGGACUCCGGUGCUGGAUCUGCUUAUUAAGAUUCUCCAAAUAACUAAAGCUUCCAGUGUGGCUGCAGACCUUCGAAUCGGUGAAAUAUUCAACAGAUUUUACAGCGAACUGUGUCAGAAGAGCAAACUGCCAGAUUCUGUUCUCGGCAAAAUCUAUGAGCUGCUGGGAGUUCUUGGCGAGGUUCACCCCAGCGAGAUGGUCAACAACUCUGACAAACUCUACAAAGCUUAUCUAGGAGAGCUGAAGGAACAGAUGACUUCUUCAACAAAGGAACCCAAACUGUUUGUUGUCGCUGGAUGUUUGAGAGGAAUCACUGCUCUGAUGGUCAACUUCACUAAAACCAUGGAGGAAGACCCAGCAACAUCUAAGGACAUUUUCCAGUACGCUCUGAAGGCCAUCAGCCCCCAGGUGGAAAUGAGUCGCUAUGCUGUCCACUUUGCUGGACUCAGAUUAUUCUCCAGACACGCCUCCCAGUUCAGCAGCUGCCUGAUGGACCAGUACAGAGCUCUGUUUGAGGUCAUGUCCAAGCUCUGUGGACACAUCAACGCUGAGAUGAAGAAGACCAGUUACUACGCUCUGGAGGCCUUCCUCAGACAGGUUGCCAUGCUGGUGGCGGAGAACAUCGAGGAGCACAAGAGCAAGCUGAAGUUCUUCAUGCAGAAGUUCUGCGGCAUCAUUAAGACGAUGGACUCCACCCACAAGGAGCUGUCCAUCGCCAUACGGGGAUACGGGUUCUUUGCUGCUCCGUGUAAGAAGGUUUGCCCUCAGGACGUGGAGCUGAUGUACACGGAGCUGAUCCAGCGCUGUAAGCAGAUGUACCUGACGGAGUCCGACACCGAGGACGACAGCUUCUACCAGCUGCCCAGCUUCCUGGACUCCAUCGCCAGCGUCCUCAUUCACCUGGACAAGAUCCCGGAGGUGUACACGCCGCUGCUGGAGCGCCUCCUGGUGGUGCAGAUGGACAGUUUCCCUCAGUACAGCGAGCGGAUGCAGACGGCGUGCUGCAGGUCCAUCCUGAAGGUUCUGCUGGCCGUGGCCUCCAAAGGACCCGUGCUCUGGAGCUUCAUCAGCUCUGUGGUGCACCAGGGUUUGAUCCGUGUGUGUUCUAAACCCAUCAUGCAUUCUGAGGAUAAAAACGGUUCCUCUGAGUCUUCCCAAGUUCGUACUGGGAAGUGGAAAGUUCCAUCUAGUCAGAACUAUCUGGCUCUGUUUAAAAACCUUCUGGACUGUGAUCAGCUGAAGGAUUCAGGGUUUCUGGACGGAGCGUUUGAGAGUCAGAACGCUGCUCUGGUGUCUCUGAGCCGUCUGCUCUAUGACGAGGUGGUGAAAUCAAUCCUCCGCAUCGUGGAGAAACUGGACUUGUCUGUGCAGAAAGUGACAACGGGAGAAGAAGCUCCGGGUGAUGCGGCUCAUGUCCUGCCGUCCUCAGACCCCACAGCUCACCUGCUGCCCAACAAGAUCAAAGACUUCACCGCCUUCAUCAACCUGGUGGACUUCUGCAGUGAGUUGCUGCUGAGUAAGCACCAGGAGUAUUUCCAGUCCUGGAUGUACCCGUUGAGUCAUGAACUCAUCCUCCACUCCAUCAGGAAUCCUCUGGUCAGCGGCUUCUACAAGCUGCUGUCUGUCACCAUGACGAUCGCUAAGAGGACCAAGUACUUCCAGGGCGUCGGCCCCAGAAGCUCCACGUCGCCCCAGAGUGACACAGUGAGAAGUGCUUGUUUUGCGCUUUUCUCCAAGUUUGGGAAAGAGGUGUGUGUGAGGACGAAGCAGUACAAAGACGAGCUGCUGGCCUCCUGCCUGACCUUCGUCCUCUCGCUGCACCACGGCCUCAUAGCGCUGGACAUCCAGGCCUACUGCCCCGCGCUGGAGGCGGCUCUGAGGAUGGGUCUGAGCCACGUUCCUCUGGCCUCGGUGGCUCUGGACGCCCUGGAGGACUGGUCCUCCCACAUCCCUCUGGAGACCAUGCAGCCCUGCUACAGCAGCAUCCUGCCUCUGCUGGACGGGUACCUGAAGACCUCCUCAGCCACCAACAGAGAGGACAGCAGCUGGGAGGUGAUGUCUUCUUCUUCUACUAACACUGAGCGAGGAUACGGCCGAGUGAUGACCAGACUGCUGAAACAGUCCAAACAGCUCAGCAUGGAGGAUUCUCCUCUGGUCUCAGUGAGGCUCCGGGUGGUGAAGCUGCUGGGCCACCUGGGAGGAAAGCUCAACAGGAACCUUGUUACUGUGGCGUCCUCAGAGGACUGGAUGAGGAGCUGUGUGUCCUGGGACUCUGAGAAGAGGCUCAGCUUCGCGGUGCCGUUUGCUGACAUGAAGCCGGUGAUCUACCUGGACCCGUUCCUGCCCCACAUCAGCCAGCUGGCCCUGUCCACCAGCGACAGGCAGACUAAGGUAGCAGCCUGUGAGCUGCUCCACAGCCUGGUGGUCUACAUGGUGGGGAAGAGUUCUCAGAUGUCUGAAGGGGAGAACAGCCUUCCUCCCAUGUACAAACUGCACAAGAAGCUGUUUCCUGUCCUGCUGCAUCUCGCCUGUGAUGUCGACCAGGUGAGCAGACAGCUGUUUGAGCCUCUGGUGAUGCAGCUGAUCCACUGGUUCACUAACAACAAGAAGUUUGAGAGUCAGGAUACAGUCGCUGUCCUCGAAGCCAUCAUGGACGGCGUGGUGGACCCGGUGGACAGCACCCUCAGAGACUUCUGCGGUCGCUGCAUUGAAGAGUUCGUGAAGUGGUCGAUCAAACAGACGAGCCCGAAGCAGCAGGAGAAGAGCCCCACCAACAUGAAGUCUCUGUUUAAGAGGAUCUACAGUCUGGCUCUGCACCCCAACGGCUUCAAGAGACUCGGAGCAGCUUUAGCCUUCAACAGCAUCUACAGACAGUUCAGGGAGGAGAAGUCCCUGGUGGAGCAGUUCAUCUUUGAAGUUCUGGUCAUAUUUGUUGAGAGUCUGGCUCUGGCUCACUCAGACGAGAGAUCUAUGGGUACGGUGCAGCAGUGCUGUAGUGCCAUUGAUCAUCUGAAGAGAAUCAUCAUUCAUAAAGCUCCCAGCCUCAACCAGUACAGCGCUAAGACCCGCAUCCCGAGGGGUUUCCCUGCUGAUGGGAAGCUUUGUCUCUCUGACGUGGUUUUGUGGCUGCUGGAGCAAUGUGGCCGUCCUCAGGCCGAGUGUCGCCAUAAAUGCAUGGAGCUCUUCUACGAGUUCAUCCCUCUCCUCCCAGGGAAGCAGACUCCGUCUCAGUGGGUGGAGGUCCUGCUGAAGGAUGAAGGUUCAGGUUUCCUGAUCUCCAGGUUUGAGGGUGGAGGUCUCCUGUCCCAGCCGACUCUGAGGGCCCUGAAGGGGGCGUUCAGUGUCCGGGCCACGCUGCAGUGGAUGGACCUGCUGCUGGCGGCGCUGGACUGCUACAACACCUUCAUCCACCUGCACAUCAUCAGGCCUCACCACAUGCUGAGCUCCAGAGAGAAAUCCAGCUUUCUAAAAGCUGUCCGCUUCUUCCUGACUGAGCUGGCGGCUCAGGAUCUGGCGGCAGCAGAGAGCUGCUUCCCUCUGGGCGUGAAGACGUCCCACUUCAGCCCCCGAGAGGUGGAGACGUCCCACUUCAGCCCCCGAGAGGUGGAGACGUCCCACUUCAGCCCCCGAGAGGUGGAGACGUCCCACUUCAGCCCCCGAGAGGUGGAGACGUCCCACUUCAGCCCCCGAGAGGUGGAGACGUCCCACUUCAGCCCCCGAGAGGUGGAGACGUCCCACUUCAGCCCCCGAGAGGUGGAGCAGUACAGCUUCAGCAAGUGCACCAUCAUCGUCCGCCUGCUGGAGUUCGUCACCAUGAUCCUGGUCAAAGGAGACCAGGAGGUCUGGAAGCUUCUGGAAGAAGACCUUUUCGUGUCUGAUUUCUUUGCGCUGACGGCGCUGGUGGUGUGUGAGCCGUCCUCGGUGGGAUUCAACAUGGCCGACGUGGAGGUGAUGAAGAACCUGCCAGAAGUGUGUGUUCCUCUGCUGAAGGUGCUGCUGGCCUCACCCUACCACACUCAUCUAGAAAGCAGCCUGCAGGCUAAAAUAUCUCACAAAAGUGUGGAGGAUCUGUGUGCUGUGGACCUCUACCACUCCAGCACGCUGAGCCGCCAGGACCAGAUGGAGAUGGUUCUGGCUUCCUGUCGGCAGAUCCACAGAGCCGACUUCCUCAGCUCCAUCCUGCACAGCCAGGAUGCCAGUUAUGCCAGAUCUCUCGGGUCCCGCCUCCUGAUGACGGUUUAUAAAGGAAUCGCUCCCGGCGAGGACAGGAAGUCUCUUCCAUCGCUGGACAUCAACACCAAGAGACUGGCAGACGGUUUACUGCAGCUUUCCUUCUGUCUCAGCCAGCAGAGCGACCAGCUGGUGGACCUGCUGCUGAACACCAUCAUGCUUUCUGUGCCGAUCUCUGGGAGUCACAGCCAUAACUUCCUGAGUUUCUCCCACGGCGAGUACUUCUACAGCCUCUUCCAGACCACCAUCAACACGGAGCUGCUGAGGACUCUGGACAGCAUCGUCCCACAUCUCAUGAGAGCUUCUUCUAAAAACCCCAGCAUGGUGAGCAUGCUGCUGAACGGCAUGCUGGACCACAGCUUCAGAGAGCGCUCUGUGAGGAAGACGCAGGGCAAACAGCUGGCCGAGGAGGUGCUGAGGAGGUGGAACAGCCUGCAGUCCUGGUGGGAAGGAGCCUCCUCAACUCCUCAGAGCAAAACCUCCACUCUGCUGCUGCUCUCCAAGCUGCUGCAGAUUGAGUCCUCCGUCUGCUCUGAUAUCAACCAUGAAGCCUUCAGACCCGUGUUCUCCACCUUCACCAUGCUGCUGGUGGACAUGAACCUGCCUCUGAACCUCAAGAGCCAGGCCCUGCUGGUGCUGCCCUUCCUCACCUCCCUGCCUGAGGAGCCUCUGGCGGAGCUGCAGAGAGCUCUGGACCUCCUGGUGGCCAACCACUUCCCCAUGCAGUCCGACGAGUUCGCCAAGGGCUCGCUGCACCGCAACAACUACAUGGACUGUGUCCGGAAGCUGCUGGAUGCAUUAGAGCUUUCUCAGAGCCCGUUCCUGCUCAAACUGCUGGCGGGGAUUCUCUGUCGAGAUAGAAAACACAUCAUGGAGGACUCCUUCCAAACCUGUUUCCAAAGGAUUGCUAAGAGGUCCAGCAGUGAGCGUCAGAUCCAGCUCCUGUGUACGGUCUACCAGGUGAUCCAGCAGGGCGAGGUUCCCCAGAUCUGCAUGCUGCAGGCCCUGAUGGAGAGAGUCCUGCUGCCUCUGGCCUCCCACUGCAGCACCACGGCCCUCAGCCUCUUCUUCAUGGAGAACAUCUCUGACAUCACCGCUCUGCUGCUCGCACGCUUCACCAAGUCAAAUGAAACAGAAUUUGAGGUCCAGCUGAUGAAGAAGAGCGGCUGCUACAAGCUGAUGGAGCUGCUGUAUUCUCGGCUUCCCAAAGAAGAAGUUUACUCCAAAGAGUCCCGCAUCAACCAGGCCUACUGCCGCUCAGACCGGACCGAGGGCAACGAGCUGUCCAAGGCCCUGAUCAGGUCGUGUUUCGAGGCGUUCACUGAGAACAUGUCUGGAGAGACUCAGCUGCUGGAGCUCAGGAGACAGUUUCACUGCGCCGCCUACAGCUGCGGCAUCGCCGUCAUCAGCUGCAGCUUCACCGAUCCAAAGUUCUACAACGGCUUCCUGUUCAGUGAGAAGCCAGAGAAGAAUCAGUUCAUCCUGGAGAACAUCAUCGACGUUGGAAGAACCUACAACUUCCCAAUUGAAAUUGAGGUCCCACUAGAGAGAAAGAAGAAGUACGUCAUGAUCCGGAAAGAAGUGAGCGAGGAGAACGGAGAGGCUCCGGUGUAUCUGUCCUCCCAGUCCUACAUGGCCGACAGCAGCCUGAGUGAGGAGAUGAGUCAGUUUGAUUUCUCCACCGGAGUCCAAAGUUUCUCUCUCGGCUCCCAGAACCCCGAAGGACUCCGACGCACCGCUGUAAAAAGAGAGACAGAAGACAGUAAUCCGUCCCAGGAUGCAGCGGUGGAUCUGGAGAUGGACGAGCUGAAUCAGCAUGAGUGCAUGGCGGCCAUGACGGCUCUGAUUGGUCACAUGCAGAGGAGCAACAUCACCCCCAGAGUGGAAGAGGGCAGCGUGCCUAGUGAACUUCCCCAGUGGAUGAAGUUUCUACACACUAAACUAUCAAAUCCAGCAACACCUCUGAAUAUCCGCCUCUUCAUCUCUAAACUGAUCAUCAACACAGAGGAGGUGUUUGGUCCGUAUGCGAGGCUGUGGCUGGGUCCGCUGCUGCAGCUGGUUGUUAGUGGGAACAACGGGGGGGAGGGGAUCCACUUCAUGGUGGUGGAGAUCGUGGUCACGCUGCUGUCCUGGACCAGCCUGGCCAGCCCCAAGGGGAACCCCAGAGAUGAAGUGCUGGCCAACCGGCUGCUGGAGUUCCUGAUGAAGCACAGCUUCCACUCCAAGAGGGCCGUUUUCCGCCACAACCUGGAGGUCAUCCGCACGCUGGUCGAGUGCUGGAAAGACUGUCUGCAUGUGCCGUACAGUCUGAUAUAUGAUCGUUUCCGUGGCAGCGACCCGAACAGUAAAGAUAACUCUGUUGGGCUCCAGCUGCUGGGGAUCGUCCUCGCCAACAACCUGCCCGCUUAUGACGCCUCGUGUGGGAUUGAAUACGAGGGGUACAUCCAGGCUCUGACCAACAACGUGUCCUAUGUUCGGUAUAAAGAAGUCUACGCAGCAGCUGCUGAGAUCAUCGGCCUGGUCCUGAAGAGCAUGACGGACAUGGACGAACACCGUGAGGAGCUCUGCACGCUCGCUGCCAGUAAGAUCACCAUCCUGAAGAGGAAAGACCUGGACGACAAGUUCAUCAUCAGCCUGAACAAAGUGUCAAAGCACUAUCCUCCAUUCAUGGACCGCUUCGUCAACCACGUGUUCUCCCUCCUGCCGAAGUCUCACGGCAUCCUGAAGACGUAUUGUCUGGAGAGCGUGCUGAGCCGCGCUGAUGUCAUCCCAGACAUCUUCCUGCACCUGAAGACCUCCGGCUUCAUCCAGAUGAUGGGCCACAGGGAUGAAGCGAGGCAGAGAGUGUGUCUGGACAUCAUCCAUAAGAUAAUGGGCCGGCUGGCUCCAGCUGAGCUGCAGGAGCUGCUGCAGGCCGUGACGGCGUUUAUCUCCCACCCCUCGCCGCUCUGCAGGGAGAGGAUGUACCACAUCCUGAUGUGGAUCCAGGACAACUACAGUGAUGCAGAGAGCAUGGAGGACAACACCUCCGUAGAGGUUUUGAAUGCAGCUAAAGAAACUCUCCUUCAAGGACUGUCUGAAGAGAACCAAGGCCUCCAGCUUUAUGUCCAGAACUUCUGGAGUCAGGAGAAGCGUCUCCCCACAGCGACUCUGGAGCGAAUGCUAGCGGUGCUGCGUUCUCUCUACUCCUGUCAGAUAGAGAGAUGUUUCCUCAGCCUGGCCACUAAUCUGCUGCUGGAGAUGACCAGCCAGAGUCCAGACUUCCAGCGCAACAUGUUUGAGUAUCCUCUGUCAGAGUGCACCUUCCAGGACUAUGUGAUCGACUCCAACUGGCGCUUCAGGAGCACCGUGAUGACGCCCAUGUUUGUGGAAACCCAAAGCUCUCAGAGCUCCGAGAGCCUGGCAGCGUCUCAGUCUGGAAGCAUGAAGGGUUUACUGCGAGCCACGCAGACCUCACUGGAGUUCAGCCAGACUCAGACAGCAGGUCGGCGUACAGCGUAUAACUGGCUGACGGGCAGCAGCGUUGAUACUCUAGCAGAGUACUCUCUGGGCUCUGACUCCAUGUCCUCACUGUUGGUGUUUGACAAGAAAACAGAGAGGCAAAGUUCAUCCAGGAGGCCGGUGGGAGAAGGCUUCGGCCUCCGACGACUCACUGCAGCAACCGACGAGGUGGACAGUCGCACCAGAGCAGCUAAUGACCAGCGGCGUAACAUCCUGAGACUGAGACGCAGGUUCCUCAAGGAUCAGGAGAAAGUCAGCUUGACUUUUGCUCAUAAAGAGAUCCAACAGCAACGACAGAAGAAGGAGGACAAAGCUGAUGAGCGGCUGCGUAAAGAGGCUCAGGUGACUCUCUACCGCAGCUACAGAUCAGGAGACUUCCCAGACAUCCAGAUCCCGUUCAGCAGCCUCAUCACCCCCCUUCAGGCUCUGGCUCAGAGAGAUCCGAUUCUAGCCAAACAGCUGUUCAGCUCCUUGUUCGCUGGAAUCCUCCAAGAAAUGGAGAAGAUCAAACCGCGAGCAGAGAGCGGGAGGAUCAAAGAGGAGCUGCGCUGCAACAUGAACGCCUUCCUGACCAGGAGCACGCUCUGUUUCCCUCCGUUCAUAGCGUGUGUGCAGGACAUGUGCUACCAGCAGAGGGAGCUGCAGCAGCUCCACCCUGCAGCCAUCAGCUCCACCUGCCUGAUGAGCCUGCAGCAGCCGCUGGGCGUCCUGCUGCUGGAGGAGGGUCUGCUGCAGGGUGGAGGGCCGCUGGAGGAGCCUCCACCCGCCAAACGGCCCCGAGGACGCAGAGAAAUCCCCCCAGACACCAACAAGUGGAUCCACCUAGCACGACUCUACAGGUCCUUGGAGGACUAUGACGUGGUUCGGGGAAUCUUCGGAGGUAAAGUUGGGACCAAGUCCAUCACCUGUGCUGCUCUUCAAGCUGAAGCCAACACGGACUUUGCAGAAGCUGUGCAGCUUUACAAUGAGGCUCUGAACACGGAGCACUGGAGCGACGGCGAGCCCACUGAGUCUGAGAAGGACUUCUGGGAAAUCGCUUCCAUGGAGGCGUACAGCCAGCUGACUGAGUGGAAGUCUCUCCAGUACUGCUCCACUGUCAACAUAGACGAGAAGUCUCCUCCCGACCUGGAGCGGAUGUGGGCGGAGCCUCUCCACCAGGAAAUGUACCUGCAGCACAUGAUGCGCAGCAUGUUGAAGCAGCUGCAGCUGGGGGAGACGGACCAGACUCUGCUCAGCUUCAUCGAUAAGGCCAUGAAGGUGGAGGAGCGCAGGAAGCUGCUGGAGAGUCAGUUCAGCCAGGAGCUCAGCCUGCUCUACAUCCUGCAGGAGGACUACGACCGCGCUCAGUACUACAGCAACUACGCCAUGCAGCUCUUCAUGCAGAACUACUCCAGUGUGGACACGCUGCUGACUCAGAGCCGGCUCACCAUCCUGCAGUCGGUCCAGGCUCUGACUGAGAUCCAGGACUUCCUGUUCUUCAUUAAAGGAGAAGUGUCUGUGAGCUCUCUGAAGCGUCUCAUCAGACUGUGGACGGAGCGCUACCCUGAUGCUAAAGCAGAUCCAGUCAACUUAUGGGACGAUAUCAUUACGUCUCGAUGUUUCUUCUUGGACAAGAUCAAGGAGAAGCUGAGAGUCCAGGCUCCCAGGGACAGCAUGGAGGUGGACGGCUCAGAAGACCCAGCAGGAAACAUCGACUCGUUAAUAAAUGACUGCAAGUUCAACAUGAAGCUACAAAUGGCUGAAAGUGCCAAGAAACAGAAUAACUUCCCUGUGGCCACCAAGCUGCUGAAGGAGCUUCAUAAAGAAGCUAAAACCAGGCGGGGCUGGCUGCUGCGCUGGGUCCACAGCUUCAGCUGCUACAGCCACAGACGCAGCCAGACGCAGGGGCCCCUGGAGCAGAUCAGCGCCAUGCUGAAGACCCUCCCCCUGCUGGAGGACCUGGAGGCUGACUGUCGGAGCGCUCCAGCUAAAGUCUUCAGACAGCAGAAGAUCCUGCAGGGGAGGACCUUCAUGAUCCUGGCCUCAGCCCUCAGCAGCAGCCCGUCGGUCCUGGAGACCAUGGACGCUGGGAAAGCAGCGAGGGUUGCAGCUCUGUCUGGAGCUGCUUGGCCCCAAGAAGCUCCAAAGAAGGUUGAGGUGGGGCUGCAGCUGAAGGCCCUGGCUCUGCUGAGUGCUGCCAGCAGGAAGGCUGAUGAGGAGCUGCAGUCCUUCAGGCCGGACUGCCUGGAGACCAGCAGCAUCACCCAGACCUUCAUGGCUCUGGCUGACUUCUGUGACCAGCGGCUGAGAGACGAGGAGCAGAGAGAUGCUGAAAGCCAGUUUCCAGACCUGGAGACGCUUCCUGUCCGUGUGGUGGAGUUCAUGCUGAAAGCUCUGAAGAUGAACUCAGAAGAAGCUCGCCUCAAGUUCCCUCGCCUGCUGCAGAUCAUUGAGCUGUACCCCUCCGAGACUCUGGACCUCAUGAAGAAAGAGAUGAUGUCGGUUCCCUGCUGGAUGCUGAUUGGCUGGAUCAGUCAGAUGGUGGCCCUGCUGGAUAAGCCUGAAGCCGUGGCGGUGCAGCAUAGCGUUGGGCAGAUAGCAGCGAGCUACCCUCAGGCUCUGGUCUACGCUCUGAUGAUCAGCUGUGAGAGCUUCCAGUUUGAAGGUUCUGCUGCAGGACACCAGCAGCAGGAGUUCGUCAACAGACUGAGGAGCCUGCUGGAGGAGGGAGGACCUGUGAAGAACUUUGUGGAAGCUCUGCAGCAGCUCACAAACCCUGAGAUGCUUUUUAAGGACUGGUGGGAUCUGGUGAAGAAUGAACUGGACAAGCCAAGCUUUGAGAAGAAGCGGCUGGUCAGCAUGUAUGAGGAGAUGUACUCUUCUCUGGGGGAUCGCAGCUCACCAGCUCAUGGAAUGUUUCGCACCAAAUUCAUCAAAAAAUUUGGGAAAGAUGUGGAGAAGCUGCUUGGAGCAAAAGGCAGCAAGCUGUUUGAGAAGAGGAGAGAUAAAAGCUUCAUGAAGCAGGUGGAUGAGCUGGCAGCUUCCAUGAGAGGAUUCCAGAAGGAACCGGGGAACCUGAAGGAGUACUCGCCCUGGCUCAGUGGGUUCAAAGCUGACAUGUUCAGCAACGAGCUGGAGAUCCCUGGACAAUAUGACGGCCGGUCCAAACCUCUGCCAGAGUAUCACGCAAAAAUAACAGGAUUUGAUGAAAGGGUGAAGGUGAUGUCAUCGAUCCGUCGGCCCAAACGCCUGGUGAUCCGUGGUGAUGAUGAGCGGGACCACCCGGUCCUGGUGAAGGGCGGCGAGGACCUCCGCCAGGACCAACGCAUCCAGCAGCUUUUUACCGUCAUGAACAUCCUGCUGAGCCACGACGCCAGCUGCACACACAGAGGAAUGAAGCUACGCACCUACCAGGUCAUCCCCAUCACCACCAGGAUCGGUUUAAUAGAGUGGAUGGAGAACACGACGACUCUGAAAGAGUUCCUGUACGGCACCAUGACAGAUGUGGAACAGCAAAGGGCGGCGAGGGGUGUUGAAGACUACAACAAAUGGAUUCAAGGCUUUGCUCCAAAAUCCAAUGUUAUAGUUCAGUAUAAUGUAUCUUACCAAAAAGCGAAACGUGCUGAGGCGGUGAACAACUUCUCCAAAGUGUUGCAGCAUGUUCCUGCUGAUCUACUGAAGAGAGCCUUCCUGAAGAUGUGCACCAGCCCGGAGGCCUUCCUGUCGCUGCGCUCCCACUUCAGCAGCUCCCACGCCCUGCUGUGUGUCAGCCACUGGGUCCUGGGCAUCGGAGACCGCCAUCUCUCCAACUUCAUGGUCAACAUGGAGACCGGUGGCAUGGUCGGCAUCGACUUCGGUCACGCUUUUGGUUCGGCCACACAGUUCCUCCCAGUGCCUGAGCUCAUGCCGUUCCGGCUGACCCAACAGUUUGUGAAUCUGAUGCAGCCGUUGAAGCAGUCGGGUCUGAUCCAGAGCACCAUGGUCCACUCGCUCCGGGCUUAUAGAGCCGACCCAGACCUUCUGCUCAACACCAUGGACGUGUUCGUCAAGGAGCCCUCGCUGGACUGGAAGAACUUUGAGCUGAAGCAGCUGAAGAAAGGAGGCACAUGGACGAAGGACGUAAACACCAAAGAGAUUAACUGGUACCCGCUGCAGAAAGUCAACUUUGCCAGAAGAAAACUUGAAGGAGCAAAUCCAGCUGCUAUAACCAGUGAGGAGCUGAAGCUGGGCUUUGAGAAGGACGCUGCGUCCCCGGGGCUGCAGGCCGUCGCUCUGGGGACCGAGGACCACAACGUCCGGGCGAGGCUUCCCGCUGCAGGCCUGUCGGUGGAGCAGCAGGUGGACUGCCUGCUGGACCAGGCCAUGGACCCCAACGUGCUGGGACGGGUCUGGGCCGGCUGGGAACCCUGGAUCUGAUCCUGGGAUUCCUCACAUAUAACAACUGGAAAACAACAGCCAUGGAUCUUAUAGAUGUCUAGAAUGUUUACUGUCAAGUGGUUUUUAAUGCAACAUAUCUCAUAUUUGAUCUAAAAUAAAUAAAAGUCUGGAAAAUUUUGGGGAUUUGGGAUUUGGGAAUCGUAACAUUGUGGGAUUCUUGUUUUUAAUCUGAGACAAUAUGGGCAUAAACACCAUACUUUUUGCCAUUACUAGCACUUAAAUUCCAUUUGAAGAGAAAUGUCCAUUUUUUAAUGUCUUGUAACUAAAUUUAAAAAUUAAUAAAUCACCUUGCUCAUCUAUUUGUGAAUUAAUAGUAACACAAACACACACACACACACACACAUGCACUAAAGUACACUCAUCAUUAGAGCACAGCAUCAUGUGGCCUGUAAGGAAACUGCUGCUGUUUCCUGUAAAUGGUCAGUGAGGGGAGAGUUACUAAAAAUAAAGUAAAGGAGCUCUUGUUAAUGCUGAACAGGCUGACUACUCUGCACAAAGACUUAUUGAUCUGAUCAGAAAGUGAAACACUCACUUGGUCUGAUGACAUCAAUAACAUCAAUAA